AUGGAUAGUUUCUUCAAGACCCAAAAUUAUUUAGGUCUGAAACUGGUGAUGAACAAUGGUUCUAAACAUGUACCCCAAAUAUCCGAUGAACGAAAGCUCAAUAACUUAAUCAAUAAGGAUGGAGGUACACUAAUAAAUGAUCCAGAGAUAACACUGGGAAAUUACUCGAAAGAGAAUGAUCAUGAAACUGGGUUCGAUACCAUAGUAAGUGAUAACAAGCUCUCAGGCACCGAAUCGAACAUAGAUGAUUCAAAGAGAGUCUGUUUGCAGUCUACUGACUACGAGAAUACCGAGUCAAAUGACGAGCAAACGAACGCAGAAAAGCACCCAUUGAUAAAGAAGAAGUCUGGAGAAGUAGUGAAGCCAUCCUUAAAAGAGAUAUCUACAAUGGAUAGGCAUAUGCAAAAGCAGAGGUCUAAGUCCUUACCAUCUACUCCGACUUACAAACAAGUCCAUUUUGGAAACGAUAACGGCGUCCGUUACUUCAAGAAGAAAGACAAACCAACCACGAUCAGUGCAUCAGGAUCCCCUACUAACGAAGACCCGGAAUACUUUUUUAAUAUUUCAGAUUCUGAUACGGAGGAUCAAUCAAAUGGGCAAGAAGAGGAUCACGAACCAUCAGAUGAAAAUAUUAAAGCACCACCUUUUGAAUUAUCUUUUAGCCCCAAGUACCUAAGAUCAAAUAAGCUCUUAUUCGACUGGAAGCUCGACUUUUUGAAUAUACCAGAAGUUGCAUUGGAAGAUAAGGUGGGAGUCUCGUCGCCAGUCUUCUUAGAAAAGCUAUUUCUUUCAUUAGAUAAACUGGAUCUAAUAGGGAUAAUUGCUGUCAAAAACCUUGCAUACGAGAAGUUAGUCCACGUUAGAUAUACCAUUGAUAACUGGCUCACGUUUAUAGAGAUUCCAGCUUCAUAUUCACCCGACACAACAACUUAUUUGAAAAAUAAUAACUAUGAUCGGUUCGACUUCAGGAUACGGUUGGACACUUUGUUUAAUGGAUUUGGAAUGCAGUCCACUCAAUAUCAGGAUAAACCAUACUCUAUUCUGAAGGUCUACCAAUUUUGCGUGAGAUAUAAGGUUAAUAAUGAGGAAUUUUGGGGCAACAAUAAUAGGGAGAAUUACACAAUUAGAUUGACCAAAAGCUCAAGGAAUUAUAUUAAUCCUAAAAUCCAGGCACAUGAUAGGAAACCGAAGUAUUCAAGUUCUUUUCGAAGAAGAAGGUCAGUGGACACAGAAUCUGAGACCGAUAGUGAUGCUUUACAGCUCCAUGAUAAAUCACUGAGUGAGGCUGAUGAACCUGUUUCACAAAAGACCAAAAAAGAGCAAUCGCUGGCUGGCGAAGAAACAAAACCCAAAUACUCUGCACCUCGUAUUAGUAUCUUAAAUGACCUACCAGCUAGCUUUAACUUACCUCAGAACAGGAAGAAGAACCCAAGCGAGGAAGAAGACUCCAGAUUUAGUAAAUCAUAUCAAGAACUUUUGGAUAAAUGUUGCUUUUCUUCUUCAAUGCCACCGAAUGAUUAUAAGGAUGAUUUGGCUCUACUUUAA